CCUGCAAUCAUUCACCCGGAUCCGGUGGGCUGAGGGGCGCUCCAGAGAGGGAGCGAGCGAGCGAGCGAGCGGGAGAGAGCGAGCAAACGAGCGAGCGAGUGAGCUCCGCACUGCAAGGAUCUUGGGCAGCCAGCCCCCGGGCCAGCGCUCUGGGCUCGGCCGGGGGUGAGGGUGAGGGCUUCUCUUAAACCAACCUCUAGACAUCUCUCUCGAGCCAACAUGUCGGACCCCACGGUCAAUGCACAGCUGGACGGGAUCAUCUCGGACUUCGAAGCCUUGAAAAGAUCCUUUGAGGUCGAGGAGGUUGAGACACCCAACUCUACGCCACCACGGCGGAUCCAAACACCACUCCUCCGCACCACUGUUGCCAGCUCCACACAGAAAUUCCAGGACCUUGGUGUGAAGAACUCCGAGUCAUCUGCCCGCCAUGUGGACUCCCCAGUCCAGAAGUCCCCCAAGCCUUCCCUAAGGAGAAUUGAGCUCUCUGGACCCAAAAGUGAGCCUGUGUCACGGAGGACGGAGAUCUCCAUCGAUAUCUCUUCUAAGCAGGUAGAGAACUCUAGUGGCACAGGGCCGUCCCGGUUCAGCCUCAAAAGAGCUGAGGUGCUGGGCCACAAGACCCCAGAGCCAUCUCCCAGAAGAACCGAGAUUACAGUAGUCAAACCCCCAGAAUCCUCCCUUCGGAGGAUGGAUGCUCCAGUGUCGAAGAUCCCUGAACUGCCCCAGAGAAGACCGGAUGUGUUUGCUGUGCCUUUGGCUGAGGCGGUGCCAAAGCGGGUUGAGAUCCAGGUCACCAAGGCAGCUGAUGCCUCACCCCCACCCAUUCGAUCUGUGGAAAAUUUGGAACAUGCUCCAGCUUCUCCUCAGCAGAAAAGGUUGGAACUCAAGUCCCAGCCCGUGCUGGCAGAUGUUCCACCAAAGAGCCUGGAGGCCUCGGAGGCAAUUCCCAGCCAUACCAGCAUCAUGGCAGAUAACUCCAGAGAUCCUGGGUUAAAGCAAGCCAUCCCCCAGAGGAAUGAGAAGGCCACUCUUGACUUUGGCUAUGUGGGAAUUGAUGCCAUCCUGGAGCAGAUGAGGCGGAAAGCCAUGAAGCAGGGCUUUGAAUUCAACAUCAUGGUAGUUGGUCAGAGUGGCUUAGGGAAAUCCACAUUAAUCAACACUCUGUUCAAAUCCAAAGUCAGUCGGAAAUCAGUCCAACCAGUUUCGGAGGAACGGAUCCCCAAAACCAUUGAGAUCAAAUCCAUCACUCAUGAAAUUGAGGAGAAGGGCGUCCGGAUGAAGCUGACUGUGAUUGACACACCAGGUUUUGGGGAUCACAUUAACAAUGAGAACUGCUGGCAACCCAUUAUGCAGUUCAUCAAUGAUCAGUAUGAGAAAUACCUGCAGGAGGAAAUUAACAUCAACAGGAAGAAGAGGAUCCCAGACACUCGGGUGCACUGUUGCAUCUACUUCAUUCCUGCCACUGGCCACUCUCUCCGACCACUGGAUAUUGAAUUCAUGAGACGUCUGAGCAAAGUGGUCAACAUUGUCCCAGUCAUUGCAAAAGCUGACACCCUGACGCUGGAAGAAAGAGACUACUUCAAACAAAGGAUCACUGCUGACUUGCUGUCCAAUGGUAUUGAUGUAUAUCCCCAGAAAGAAUUUGAUGAGGACUCAGAAGACAGACUAGUUAAUGAGAAAUUUAGAGAAAUGAUUCCAUUUGCUGUUGUGGGUAGUGACCAUGAAUACCAAGUGAAUGGAAAAAGGAUCCUUGGGAGGAAGACUAAAUGGGGCACCAUUGAAGUUGAAAAUACUACACACUGUGAGUUUGCUUAUCUGCGGGAUCUCCUUAUCAGGACACACAUGCAGAACAUCAAGGACAUUACCAGCAGUAUUCACUUCGAAGCUUACCGAGUCAAGCGUCUGAACGAGGACAGCAGCAAUAUGCUUUCCAAUGGUGUGGAAGAGGAGGCAGCACCCCAAGAGAUGUAGAAGCCUUCCCAUGCCCCUAGGAUCCAUCCUUUCCACCCAUUCCCAUCUCCUAGCCCACCACCCUUCCCAUCCUGUUUUAUUUUAUCUAAUUUCCUUCAUUUUGGUCAUCGUCCAUCCCUUUUACACGCUGCCAUUGUCACUUGACCAGAUAACAAGAUAGCAUAUAUCAUUGUUGAGUGUGUUAAUUGUUAGCCCACUGGCACUGAUCUUGGAAGGGAGGGGGGAGGUGAGAGAUAUGGAUUGUGUGGUUCUGAGUGAGGGCAGGGUGUCAAGACCUGAAAACCUCUGGACUAUAGGAGAGUGAACAGUGUAGACUGUUGAGCCUUUGGAACUUGGUUCUUUGAUGCCAGCCCCAUCUCCCCACCCCCACCCCCUGGAACUUCUUCUGUUCUCCUGCCCUCAGCAGCUCUUUAGGAAACCAGUUCUGUUGACUUCUAGAACCAGAGAAAGGGGGGGGGGAUGGGGGGGGGGGAAUCUGUAACUACAGACCAUUCUAACCAGACAGAUUUGCUCAGUGCCAAAUAGCCUCAGGUGUUUGUGUGUGUUUGUGUGUUUGUGUGUAUGUGUGUACACACAUCUAUCCAAUGUAAGCACGUCCAUAUGCCCACUUUCCCCACCUCUGUCCACAUAAGGUCAUGGCUUCUUAGAAAGAAUGUGAGUUUCUAAAGUACAGGAAUUCCAUGUUAUGAGAGGAUGGAUAGAGACCUGGGGACUCCAGCUCUUGCCUCUCCGUCCUCCCUCCGUCCUCUUGCAAAUAUGAAAGGACUCAGAUGAAAUAACCUUAAGAACAAGAGUCUAACCCCCUACCCUCCAUCCCAGGGAAGUAGCUAGUUCUAGGAAAUGAAUGUGCCAAAAUCUGAAACAGUGACAAAGCUGACUGUGUACCUGUCCUGGAACAGAAAGUGCCUUUUAACUCUGCCCAUCCAAACAAAUUGGUUGGGGUCUUCUUGUCUCUCCCAUGUAGUCCCUUGAGCUGGGGGAUUGGAAAGGGAUGGAGAUCAAGUAGUGUUCUAAUCAUGCUUUCCACCAGCUGUCAUUACUCUUUGUUGGAAUGUAGAAACUGCUGAUUUGCUGGGAACUUGCUUGGAUUUAUGAUUUUCUUUUAAAAAAAUAAAAUAAAAUAAAUUCCUUCUCCCAUCUUG